AUGUUCGGUUGGCGACAUGGGAAGACAUCACAAAUAUCUAAUGCCAUCUCCAUUGUGGAACUCUCGGUGCAUAUGGAUUGUGAAGGAUGCGAAAAGCGGAUACGCCGAGCAAUAUCAAAAAUAGAAGGUGUGGAUAGUUUGGAAAUAGACAUGGAUAAGCAAAAGGUAACGGUGACAGGAUAUGUGGAUGAACGGAAGGUGUUAAAGGUGGUGAGACGAACGGGAAGGAAAGCCGAGUUUUGGCCAUUUCCAUACGAUUCCGAGUACUAUCCUUACGCAUCUCAAUACUACGACGAGUCAACCUACUCCUCCUCUUAUAACUACUAUAUGCACGGCCAUAAUGAAGCUGUGCAUGGCUACUUCCCUGACCCUUUAUAUUCAACAGUUUCUGAUCAAACUGUUCAUCUCUUUAGUGAUGACAAUGUUCAUGCCUACUGCGCCCUUAUGUGA